AGCAGGGAAAACCUGGUCCAGCUGGUCCACCAGGACCUGAAAGUAAAGUCACGUCAGCCGGUGGGGUGGUCUACACCAGAUGGGAAGAAAACAUUGUCCUAAAACAACGAAAACUGUUGAGAUUUAUUCUGGAGCAAUCGGGGGAACGCAUUAUUCACACAGUGGGAGUGGAUCAAAUUAUCUCAGUUUACCAUUGAAUCCAAUAUACGAGAAAUACGCUGCUGGUGCUCAGAGUCAAGCAAUCAUUCAUGGUACUGAUUACGAGAUUUCUUCUGCUGAGAAACAUAUAUUUCCAAAUCCAAACUUACACAACCGAGAUGCUCCGUGUGCUGUAUGUCAUGCUAAGUCACGUGGUAGUCACAUGAUGAUUCCAGCGCGCAAUAUCUGCCCUUCAGGGUGGACUAUGGAAUACAAAGGUUAUUUAAUGGCUGAACGUUAUACUCACAAGCGAUCUGAGUACAUUUGUGUUGAUGGCAAGCCGGAAGCAAGACUUGGAUCUCAUGAAGAUAAAAAUGGAGCAUUAUUGUAUUUUGUUGAAGGCCAUUGUGGUUCUUUACCAUGUCCACCAUAUACUGAUGAAAAGGAACUGACUUGCGUAGUCUGUACUCAGUGAUUUAUUGCGUUUUAAUGCACAUAUGUACGUAUUUUGCCAUUAUCUUUAGCAACACUAAUAAAACCUAAUUUUUAAUUUAUAUAAUAAUAACACAUCAGUGACGUCACCAUUUAUAUUCCUUUAAAUAUCCUUACAUGCACUUAAGUUCAAUGAUAAAAAUACAAGAAGAAAUUUUGAUCAUCAACAA